UUCAAUUUGACAGAUGACACAAGAUAAUAUGUUUUUGAUGUGGUUGAUAAAUUUAUAAGAUUGAAUAGAAUAUUGCUUAACUAAAACGGUAAAACCAUGUUUUCAUUGAAUAAUCACUUAGAAUUGAGACGAGUGACUAUAUCCAGCUUAGUAACGUGCAUUUAUUUACCUAGUAUUGUCACUGUCAUUUCGUAUAAAGGAUUAUUAUACUCAGUGGGAAAUGCCUCUUCGCUCUACGUUUUAGUGCUUAUAUUCAUCGCGGAAUUAAUAAAAUCAUUUUACCUGAACUCUAAUAAUGAUCUUCAAGUCAAGAAAAAAGCGAGCAAAAGUCGAGUCGGUGAUAUUGUGAAAUCAAUUGUUUUUCUACUGGGAGUAAAGUUUUGCUUUUUUAUUGGAAUCAUAUUAUUCGGAGCACCGGUGUUAGAAUACAAUGAGGAAACAUUAAUCUUAUCGAGUUUAUUAACUCUACUGACAUUAUUUCCCCUGAUUGCCCAUACUGGGGUGGAACUAGCAGUACAAUUAUUGUUUGGUGUGAAAACCUUCCCCCGGGACACUAUCAUAGCCAUGUUAGUGAACAACGCAUUGUUGACAGUAUGCGGGGCGUGGCUCGGCGCAGUCGUUAUUCCCUUGGACUGGAACACGCCCUGGCAACAGUGGCCAAUACCAUGUUAUCUUGGAGCAAUCGGUGGCUAUCUGCUAUCUAAUGUUCUCACUGUAACUAAAGUUACACUGAUGUCAGCGGCCAAUAAGCAUCCAUUCCUUGGCAUAUUUGUGAAUAUGAUGAACAAACUCCAUAUUUCUAAGUAAUUUUAUCUGUAGAAAUAUUGCAUUUUUUUUAAUUAAAAUUAUUUAAAGUAUUUAUAGAAUAAUAAAUUAUUGUUAAAAAAAUACCAACAGUUUUUAAUUUUUUAAUGCAAACUGACAAGUCCUUGAUUUAAGUUGGAUGUAUUUUCAGUUUAACUAUAAUUAGAAUGGCAAAUAAAACUCAUAUGUAGUAAAUUAAUAACUUUAUUUGUGUUUGUUAAAUAUGUACAUAGCCUAAUCUUUUUAUAAAAUAUGAAACUUAACUGAUUUUAUCAUCACAUUGUUUAAAUAACUCCUAAAUUAGCAUUAUAAUACAAAGUUUAUGCCAACUCUCAUUCACAUUCAAUUUGACAACAAUAUACUCUGCUAACAAAGAAUAACAACGGUUGACACACCUAAGGCUUUGCGGUAAGUAUUUACUCAUUUAAUCAAAGACUGAAAACAUUUGAAUUUGUAAUAUAAAUCUUAUUACAUACAGUGAAUGCAUUUGCAUUUCACUUACACUAAAAUUAUAACUACAAUAAUUGUUUAUGGAAAUGUGGCACAUUCAGA